UCCAGUUAUGAUUUCACCGGCUGCUCUGUGUUUCCUGGCGGUUCUACUGACUACCGUUCAAGGAAGGCCGGAUGGUGCCCCCUCAGACGCCUGUGAGACUAUGGACCCCAGCCAUGGGGGUUCACCCCAGACCGGUCCCAUGCCUUACACUCUGCAGCUGGACAGCCACAAGAUCAAUAGUGGAGGUAGUGUUCACUUCACCAUCAGGGCCCAGCCCCCCAACACGUUUGCCGGGUUCAUGGUGCAGGCGAGGAACGAGAAGGGUAGGCCGGUGGGAGUAUUCUCUCAGAACGAGAAUGUCAAGCCUACGGAAUGUUUUGGUGUUCCCGCUAACACCGCUACACACGUGAACCACCAGCCGAAGACUGAGGUAACCAUGAGCUGGAAUGCGGAUCCAGGAUACACAGGAGAUGUCAUAUUCCACGCUACGGUCGCCAAGUCAAUGAAAGAAUAUUGGGUGAGGCAGAGGGCAAGACCUCUAGCAGUCGUUAGGACAUAGACCUUUAUUUUGUUAUGUUCUGGCCGAUAUCCACGGUCAACACUUUCAGUGGAGCUUGGUCAAACUUCAUGAUAUAUAACUUUUAUCGAUACUUUGAAUUAUACAGGAACCAUUAAAAGAGUACGUUAUUGUUUUAUGUCAUAAAGUACUCAUAAGUGUCUUGACAUGAAAGAAAAUAAGGCAUAAUAAUAGGAUAAAUAUCUGUCAUUGGAACCAUUAUAUCUUACAAAACAUUGUUUCUCUCGCUCUUAUCAGAAUCAGUUGUUUUGUUAUUUUUGAUUUUUAACCAGAUAUAUAUUUUGUAUUUAUAUAUAUAUAUUUAUAUUGAUUUAUAUUUAUAUUUUGCAACUCAAAUGUUUUGUUCCACCUCAUUAAUAUUUUAAACGUUUUCUAUUUUUUUCCAAAUUUUAUAAUCAAUUAUUUUACUAGUAAGUAAUACAGGUACAGUUCUUAGUACGGUAACAGCGGUCUAGUAACUUAUUGAUUUAUUUAAAUGUUAUAAUACAGAUUUCAAAAAAUUAUUUUACAUUGUAACAUAUUAAUAUAUUAUUCAUUGAUAUAUUGGCAAAUUACACAGAAAAUCCACUUUAAAAAUUUACUUUUAAAUCCCAGUCUAUGCUCUUCGUGCCUUCCUUUAUUUAACAAAAAUAGGAAGGACCAAGAAACACUGCUGUGUGUUGUUGUUCCAGUUCGAUGGCAUAGAAUUAGUAUGUCUAGAAUUUUACUUGCAAUACAAAAUUAAUUAUGUUCAUCACUUAUUUAAAAUAUAAAUUUAAAUUAAUUUAAAAAUUUAAUACAAUAUGAUUCAAAGCUUUAGACACUGUAUUGUUUGUAAGUAAUAUUUAAAAUAUAAAUUUGUUAUUAUGAACAAACUAUGCAUGAAUUUGAUUUGCAUCCACAAAUAUUUUCUGGUAAAAAUGCAGCAACAGCAAUUUUAAAGUUCUGGGUACGGAAUUGCUGAAACACAAUAGAAUCACUCAAGGUCACUAUACCAAAGUGCAGCAAGUAAGGGCGUUGAGGGAGUGGCCCAUACAGCCGUACAGCCACUUACCCUCAUUCAAUCAGAGAUAGGCUGGGUUGCCAAAUUGACAUGUCCCCAGACUAACACAUAGCUUAACUUAUUAUCAUGUGGUAUAAUACCAAGUAGUAUGAUGCCUUUGUUUUGGUAAAACUAACCAUGUUUUUGUAUAUUUUUGGAAUUGCCAUUGUUUUUUGCAUAAGCCAGCAAUCGCUAACGAAUUACGUUGCAUGACCCAACAUAUUAUACUUUGAUUGAUGAUAUGAUUAGGAUCGCCUUUAAUUUUAGUUGUUUUAAAUUUCUUACGCAGUUAUUUAACUCCUACGAUGAACAUUUUUAUAUAUAGCUUGGAAAAUAACAUAAACCAUUCAAAAGCUUUAUUAUAUUACGUAUUAUAAACAACAUUCUAAAUAGGUUAUAAUAAAUGUAAUGCACUUAGACCAUUACAAAUAUAUUUUUCGAAAUUGCCUUGUAUUUUAUUUACUCUGAUAUUAGGUGCUAUAUGGAAUUCUCAUUAACCAAAAGUGAGUGGCUCUCAGAACUAAAUUGUGCUGUCAAGUCAAUCAGGAGAUACAACUACUCAGCGACUGCUACUGUUUAUUGUUUGUUUCAUGAGAUAAAAAUACUUUUCAUAGUAGUACUUAUUAACGGUGUUAAUUGUUUCUCGCCAAAUACACAUAAUUCAAAUAUAUUGAAUAAUGUAACUGUAUUACAAACUAUGUGGUUGUUGUCGAAUAGAACAUAUGACUUCCUAACA